GGACAGCAGCACUUCUGAAAUGGAGAGUCCAUGACAUCUGGAUGUCCCUAUCAGAUACAGAUAAACAGACAGUCGUGUACUGACACCUAGUGGACAGGCCAGAUCUCUACAGUCAUCUGAACAUGGUGAACAAAUGGAAAGCAGUUUCCAUAGGUUGUCACCAGUCGGAGAUGUGAAACAUGUUAAAGGAGAAUACCAGAAAAGUCUGUAUUGAGUGGAUGGACAGCAGCAACUCUGAAAUGGAGAGUCCAUGACAUCUGGAUGUCCCUAUCAGAUACAGAUAAACAGACAGUCGUGUACUGACACCUAGUGGACAGGCCAGAUCUCUACAGUCAUCUGAACAUGGUGAACAAAUGGAAAGCAGGGAAUCGGAUCAAUCAGGCAGAGAUUCACAGGAGAUCCUCAGGAGAACAGCUGUCACGUCACCCGAAGUCACCCGGAGUCAGACCCGAAGACUUGGGAGGUUAACUAAUCGUUUCUCUAUGGGGCUGUCACGGGAUGAACGAAUGACUCAGAUCUGAACCCAAGCACUCAAGGGAUUUACAAGCUCAAGUGGAAGCUGAAAAAGAGCAACCUGAGAGGAAAACACACAAGACGGUCUGAACGCCGCCCAUUCACCCUUCAAAAGACAAGCUAUCAAGGUUGACACCGAAACUCUUAACCUGAGAAGAUGGGGAAAUUAUGGAAUUAUCAAUAGUGACUACAUGCAUUUGUUCUACAGAAAAGAGCAGAUCGACAUUCUGCAAAAUAUGUUCCACAGAGGAAAGAAAGUCACGUGUUUGGAUCAUGGACAUGAUGUUGAGUUACAUUUCCAUACAGUUCCUUGCAAAUCUGCUAGGUUUAGCCGGUGUGAUUGAGUCAUGAGGCUCUCAGAAGGUCUGCCCGUGUCAGCGUGUUACACACCCGUCUACAACACUGUCAGCUUGAUGUCACAUCUGCUCUGUGAGGCUUUGAUUGAGUGACGACAAGCGCUUGAACUACAAGAGACAGAGCAGAACUCAAGACAAACACAUCAGCAGGAGCUUGUUCCUACACCUCUGUUCUGAAGGAUGAAAGCAGGCUUUGACGGGCGACGGGAGUGUUGGUCGUACCUCAGCCUCGAGUCAUGCAGAUGUUUCAGGUCCAGGCAGGAUGAAGCAAGAGGGGACAGAGCUUUGUGAGAGUGAUGGUCCGUGUCUACAGGACUGCAGUGAGGACAGUGUCACCGUGACUGAUGGCAGGAGCUCUGAGACAGGCUGUGUUGGAGCUAGUGGAGCGUGUAAUGAACGCUAACUCACUCUCCACGGUUUCCUCUUCCUUCACAUCCCUGUACAGUUCUCCUGGGCCAGCUUGUCUCCUUUAGUGUGACCUUGUGACCAGUGAUGUGGUGGGCUCACCGUGACACUUCCAUGCUGGUGGGUGUCAGCAGUGAUGAUGGUUGGCCUUCAGUCCCAGAUGGCUUCCAUAUGGUUGAACACACCUUUAGCUUCGUGAUUGAUACCUUCCCCGCUAAGCACCCUCACGGUAAUGCGUGUCAGAGCGGACUGGUGCCAGCGCUGGUACGAGCUCCUCUGCCCACUGUGCCGCCCUCUCUGGGUAUGAAGCACUUCCUUCCCUUCCCUCUGGACAGCGGCUCCACACUCAGCCUCUUUCCCAGCUUCAGCAGCAUGGACCCGGUUCAGAAAGCUGUUUUACGUCACACGUUCAGCGCUUCGGCCUCGUCUAAAAGGAAAGCUGUCUCGUGCGGCGUGUGCCAGCUGAGGUUUAACUCGCAGAGCCAGGCAUUGGCCCACUACAAAGGCACCAAACACGCCAAGAAGCUGAAAUCCUUGGACGCGCCGAAAUGCCUCAAACACAAGAGCUCCCUGGUCACCAGGGAAAAUACCAACAAGGAGCCUCCGAAGGGCCUCUCUCCCCCGACGGCGGCCGGAAACACUGACAGAAAAGGUGGUAGUCCUGGAGCGCCCGUGGCCCCUUCAUCGCCCUCUUCUGCCCCGGUGUCCGGCCCCAGCGCAGACCCCACAGAGCCAGAGUCUACCUCAGGGUCAGGAGGGGAGGACGGCCGCUCCAUCACGCCCAACCCGCCUGAACCGGAGGAGAACGACACCGGAACAAAUCCAGAGACAGAGGACGAGAAAGCCCUGCGUCUGCUCUACUGCUCCCUCUGCAAGGUGGCCGUCAACUCGGCGUCACAGCUUGACGCGCAUAACAGCGGCACCAAACACAAAACUAUGCUGGAGGCUCGGAGUGGGAUCGGCUCCAUCAAAUCCUUCCCGAGGACUGGGCUGAAAAGCAAGCUGGCUACACCCACUAAAGCAGACACGGGCCUGCAGAACAAGACAUUCCACUGUGAAACCUGCGACGUGCGCGUCAAUUCAGAGACGCAGCUCAAGCAGCACAUCAGCAGCAGACGCCAUAAAGACAGAGCUGCAGGGAAACCAGCCAAGCCCAAGUUCAGUCCUUACACCAAAACCCAAAGAGGACCCACCAAACAGACACAGGUGAAGAUGGCAGUCGGUAAAGAUCUCUGCCCACCGCUGACUGCCAGAAUAAUGCCGUCCCACCUGGCAGCUGUCGCCGCCGCCGUUGGCUCCGCCUUUCAGCUGCGUGCCUGCCAUAACCCCGCCCUCUUUCAGACUCAGUCCCUCCCCACUGCGCUGCUCCGCCCUGCUCCGGGGCCAAUCAGGACUGCUCACACACCUGUACUGUUUGCCCCUUAUUGACCUUUGAACUUUGAUCAUUAACCCCCAUCACCUCACACUGGGCACGCAGCCCAGAUCUAAUGCGCAGUAUCGCAAUAAUUUAAAAACAAAACACAAACCAGGUAACUAUGCAUCGUCAUUUACAUAUGACAUACUGAUGUUAAGCUAUAAAUGUACCGGUGAAGAUUUGAUUUUUGAUGAUAUUUCAUCAUCUUCAUCAUCGCUUAUGAGUACAAGAUUGAUUUGUAAAUUUAAGAUGAGUUUGGGAACAUGAAAAGUUGUAUUUCUCUGCUGUUUUGCACUUUAAGCUUUUCUGUUGUUGAUUUCAGUGCUUUAGACGACUAGAUCUCUUCCUGUUCCAGCUGUUGUUGUGCUGUAACCUGGUCUUCAGUGCUUAAUUUGUCAACGGACCCUUCUCACAUUUCCAGGACUCUCAAAAGUGGAAGUGGAAGAGUGUUUCAAAAGAGAGGAAAAAAUAUUGAGAGAUUAAUUAAGUUGUUUAGAAGAGAAAAAGAUGUCAAAUUUGUCAUAAUUUGUGUUAGAAACCCUCAUGCAGCAGCGAUAACUAGUCUACAGUCUUUAAUGCCAAGGUAAUGUAACAUAAUAUUGUUUAAAAAUGAAAAUAUUAAAAAAAAAAACUGAAAAGGGUCCUUUAAGAAGUCACAGAAUGAUGGAUUUGGCAUGUUUUGGACUUUGGAAGUUUCAGCCAAUCAUCUGAGCUGUAAAUAACCAUGUGACUGAGCAUGCUAGAGCAGGAAAACAAUUUCAUGUUAAUUCUGAUUGGCUGCUGACGUCAAAGACAGAAAAAGUCAGUUUCACACUUUCAAAAACUGGUCACUAGUACUAAAAUAGAUUACAGUCCAAUUCCAGAGAUUCCAGAUCCAGCUUUUUCCGAUACAAAUUAAGCCCUGUUGUACCAGUUUGUGAGUGUGUGUGUGUGUGUGUACAGCAGAAUGUGAGGGAAAGAUAAGUGGGUGAUUUCCAAAGUAAAAUGCUGCUGAUUCAUGUCAAAGCAAGGUUAAAAAAUAUAGUGGGAUGUUUGCAAAACAGAUGAAUAUGUAAAUUUGUAGGAGUGUGUUUGCGUGUGUGUUUGUAUGUGGCCGUGAGUUAACGGGCUUUUCACCUGAAGCCAUCCCUGGAAACAUCUCAUGAAUAUUACAUGAGCUACUGGGGCCACAAAGCUUGUCUGUCUCUUCUUGCAAUGUGAAAACCGACAAACAGUUUCAAAUAAAGAAUCCUGCUUUGUUAAA